AGGAGGUUGUCUGCAUGUGACUCUAAGGGAAUGGAAUUAUGGCACCGAGGAAGCUCUGAGGACAGGAAUGUACUGUAAAAGAGAGGUAUCACCGUAGAGGAAUGGUGUUACUGCAGGAAGUUGCUAUCGUGUUACCACGAAGAAAUGUUAAAAUUCCCGUGAGUUGUUUAUGAUCAUGACGUGCACUGCAUGAAGUUGAGAUGGUGUUUUAAAGGGAACCUCCACUCUUACUACAGAAUAAGUUUAAAUCGAAUAAAGUUAUGUUGAUAAACAAAUUUGUUCGAAAUUUGUCCUUAAAAAAAGUGUUUAUAUCAGGAAAAGUGAAUUUUAAAAUCUCUUAUUUUCACUUUCAAAUUUCGCGGGCGCCGCCAUCUUGAAUAAUUGUGACGUGUUACGGUUGCUCUAUUGUUCUGACACAAAGAGCUUUUGUUUAAUAACAAUAGGGCAACCGUAACACGUCACAAUUAUUCAAGAUGGCGACGCCCGCAAAAUUUGAAAACAAAAGUAGGCGAAUCUAAAAGUUAUUUCUUUCGGAUACAAGUGCUUUCUUUAAAAAUAUUUUAGAUUGACUUGACUGUAACAGUUAUUUCCUGUGAUUUAAAGUUAUCUUUUUGUUGAAGUGGAGGUUCCCUUUAAGGAACUCAUUGUUAGCUCAAGGAGAAAGUUAAACAACAUAGAAAUAAUUUUUUUGUUGGAAGAUUGUGUGAUUAUGGAUAACAUUAUGCUCACGCAACUGGAAAUAUGUGCUGGAAAUUAGAAGGAACUUAUUUUUGCCGUAAAGGGACUUUGACAGCGAAACAACUCCGGCAUUAGUAGUUUAUUUUAAUCAAUUCAAUUCAGAAAGAUAUAUUUUUUAAGCGAUGGACUCCAGAAAAAUCGCAGCCAUCACACCUUAACCUGUCGAGCGUGUGCAAAAUACCUGGUUUUUUUUAUCAAUUAGGUAAUGGAAGCCAAAGGUAUUGCCAUUGAGAGUAUCCAAAGCUUCUUGGAUCAUCUUCAGGACGCUUAUGAGGGUAUUGAUGAAGAGAUGAGAAAGAAAAUGAACGGAAUCGAGUGGGCAAAAGAAUGGGCAUAUAAGGUAAUGGAGUUUAAAUACAACGCGUCAAGUGAUUCUAGUGCCAGGUACGGAAUGAUAGCGUUUGGAAAAUCCAAAGAUGGAAAGUUUGUAGACUGCAUGUACUGCCUCUACAAGCUAGAUUUUAAAGUUGCCCCUGAGAGAAUCAUCACCACAAAACAUCAUUCAAGCUUCUGGGGUCUGAUAAAAUGGCAAACUGUGGACGAGAAAGAACAGGAAAGAGUGCUUGGGGUGAAGCCGCUGAAACGCAUCCAAAAUUUCUUCCGCUUUAAGGCCCUGGAAGGCUUUUACAAAGAAGGCCUAAUCGACGAAAUUAAUGUGGUGCCAUCUAUUGAAGAUCUGGCGGAUGACAAGUAG